AUGGAUCCAGAGAUCCCAGUCCAGGAACAAAGUCCCCUAGAGCUGGAUUUAAAAGAAAUUACUAGGAAAAUUUUGUUUCUCGACAAAUGGAGGGGAAUCUUCAGGUAUUAUAGGUUGGGAAAAAAUGACACAACUCCUCAGAAUGACGAUGGCACCCAUAUGUCUGCUGAGGAAACUGGAGACAGAUCCAGAAUGCUUCGCCCCAGAGGACAAGGACAGUUGCUAUCCAGUGGAUUUUGCUCUAUUCCCAGACUCACCAUCCUCUCUUCAAAACUGGAUGGUUUUCUUAUCUCCCCAUCAAUGGCCACAAUGCUGCAAAAAAGCCUCUUUGGAGACACUAACCAAGUCCUCAGCAGUGACUGGAGAAAAGCACAUUUCAAGUUCCACGAUCCUUUCUCUGACCUGGCCUUUGCUUUACAAGUAGAAAAGGGAGGAGCCCAGAGCAUUCAGAUGGCAGUACAAGGAUCUAUCAUCAAAUACCUACUGUUUACUAGAGAGGGAAAGGACCACGACCUUCACAGCUUAUGUAACCUGAGCCAGCGGGAGCAGGAACAAGCUCUAGCUGCUGUGCUGGCUGACAUCCUAUGGGCCGCAGGAGCAGCUCAGAAAGCAAUCGUCUGUUUGGUCACCCAAGACAUCCAGAGCACUUCGACCUGUGACUACUCCAGCGACAAUUUCAUUGAGAGGCUCCAGCUGUUUGAAUUUUCAGAGAAAGGAGCCACCGAGAAAUUCAUCUAUGAUCAUUUACAAUGUUUCAAAGGGGAAGGAAGCCAUGGUGUCAUCGUCUUCCUCUACGGCCUGGUGUUCUCCAGAACAUUUGAGAGGCUUCAGAAAGACCUGGACAUCAGCACCACUCACCUCUUGCAGUGUCAAUCUGGAAGCAUCUCGUGCAGGCAGGCAGUUCUAAACAUGAUUUUGACUGGGAGAGCAAGUCCAAAUGUCUUCAAUGGCUAUGAGAAAGGGAGGUCUGAGGAAACAUUACAUGGAGUCCUGACCCGCAGUGAUGUUGGCUACUUGCAGUGGGAUAAAGACACUUCUGAGGGUGACCGACUCUCACAGGUGGGCAGCAUGCUGAAGACUCCCACCUUUCCUGUUUGGCUGUGCAACAUCAAUGGAAAUUACAGCAUCCUUUUCUGCACAAAUAGGCAGCUCUUAUCAGACUGGAAAAUGGAGCGUGUCUUUGAUCUGCACUUUUACAGUGGCCAGCCCUCACAGAAAAAGCUUGUACAUCUCACAAUAGAUACUCACUCCCAUCACUGGGAAGGAGAGCACUACGAAGAUAAACGUGGGUCAGGAAGACGGUUUUCUUCAGUGGAAAUGGUAAUCAGAACCAAAUGGAGAGAUGCUACCAUCAACUGGAAUGGAACUGUUCCCUUUUUCUAA